AUGAACCGUGCCCUGACCCGUCCUUUUUGUGAUGAGGAGAUUAAAUUGGCAGCUUUUCAACUGGCGGCUUUUAAAGCCCGGGCCCAGAUGGUUUCCCUGGAUUUUUCUAUCAGAAUUAUUGGGACAAAGUGGGGGGGUCUGUUUGCACUGCGUUUGUGUAAUUUCAUUCUUAAGAUUAUUACCAAACUCCUUGCUAAUCGACUCAAAGGCAUUUUGAAGAAUUUGAUCUCCCCUAACCAGUCAGCUUUUGUAUCCGGGCGGCUCAUCCAGGAUAAUGUCAUAGUAGCCCAUGAAGCUUUUCAUUCGCUCAAACUUCGCAAGUCCAGGUUGGUUGGGCAGAUGGCCAUCAAGAUUGAUUUUGAUAAGGCUUAUGACAGAAUCGAAUGGGAUUUCCUGGCCAUGGUUUUGAGGAAAAUGGGUUUUGAUUCGAAAUGGGUCCACUGGGUCAUGGAAUGUGUCUCCACGGUGAGUUUCUCUAUUUUUGCCAAUGGAGAGAAAAAGGCCUCUUUUGUUCCAUCACGGGGCCUCCGCCAAGGUGAUCCCCUCUCCCCAUACCUUUUCAUCAUAGUGGCUGAUGUCUUAUCCAAGCUCAUUUCGCACAGUUUGCAAAAUAGAGAGAUUUUUGGUUUCAAGAUUACACGGUUGUGUCCUACCUUAACGCACUUAUUCUUCGCUGAUGAUAUGCUGCUUUUCUUGAAAGCUGAGGACACGGAAUGUCAAAAAAUCCUGGAUCUCUUGAAGGUGUAUUACGAGGCUUCGGGUCAGAGGGGACGAUUUAAAUCAGCUGCUUUUGAGUUCAUCAUUGAGAAAGUCAUAUCCAAACUUCAAGGGUGGAAACAAAAAUUAUUAUCACAAGCUGGUAGAGAAAUUCUAAUUGAAGUUGUGGUUCAAGCUAUCCCCUCCUAUGCCAUGCUGGCUUUGUCCAAGUUUCAAGGAGGGCUUGGCUUCUGUGAUUUUCAAGCAUUUAAUUCAGCGCUUCUUGCCCGUCAAGGCUGGCGAUUGGUGAAAUAUCCAAACUCCUUUUGUGCUCGCAUUUUGAAAGGCAUUUAUUUUCCCCACACAGAUUUUAUGCACGCUUCUAAAGGCCGACAGCCUUCAUGGAGCUGGACAAGUCUUCUUCAAGGGCGUCAACUCUUACAGCAAGGAAUUAGGUGGAAAAUAAAUAGCGGCUCGAAUGCUUUGUUUUGGGAGGACUGCUGGAUUCCGGGUCUCCCAAACUUCAAAAUUUAUUCUUCUAAACCCAUCGGGACAGAGGUAGUUACAGUCGAAGAUGUUAUUGAUCCUAUUCGCAAGAGCUGGAAUUUAAACUUAUUGUGUUCUCAAGUGUCGGAGCCAGAAGUUCAAGCCAUCAGUUCUAUUCCUAUCUCGCUUGCACCAACCGAAGAUUCUCUUAUCUGGCAUUUCGAAGCCACAAGGUCAGUAUACUGUGAAGUCCGGUUACCAUGUUGCCAUGAUGGGAAGCUCUGGGUCUUCCAGCCACAUUCCAUCGUCUUCAUUUCAGGUUCUGAGCUCCUUUUGGAAGCAAAUUUGGAGGUUGAAGGUUCCCCUGAAAAUUCAUCACUUUUGGUGGCGGGUAUGUCGAAAUGUGCUUGCUUCAAGGGAGAAUUUGUUCAGACGAAAGUGUGCUUCCUUCUCAACGUGCCCACUGUGUCAUACGACUCCGAAAACUAUGGAACAUAUCCUUUUUGGCUGUGA